AUGGCGGAGUCAUUCCCACUUCACGAGGCAUGCAGAGAUGGUAAAAUUGAUCGGGUUAGAGAGCUGUUACAAGAGCAGCCCGAAUUAUGUUUAACUAAGGAUUUAGACAGCAGAUACCCUAUUCAUUGGGCAUGCUCAUUCCAGCAUGAAGCAAUCGUGGAUUUGCUUCUUCAUCAGAUGAAAAAAGUGGAUCUAGACGAUUUACUAGACGAUUCAGGAUGGUCGGCUCUACACAUUGCAUGCUCUGUUGGAAAUUUGGAGCUGGUAACGAAGCUGAUGAAUCAUACCAUCAAACCUGACGUGAAUUUACAGACUUCACAAGGUGUCACUGGCUUGCAUUUAGCAUGCUCUAAGCAGCACUUCUCUGUCGCUCGCUAUCUUGUGGACAAUGGAGCAUCUACAAGAAUAAAGGAUUCUAGAUCACAGCUCCCUCUUCAUAGGGCAGCUAGUGUAGGAAGCAUUCCUUUGGUAAAGUUACUGUGCGAUCAAAAAUCUCCUGUGAACGUCAAAGAUAUCCAGGGGUGGACACCUCUGUUCCACGCUUUAGCCGAGGGACAAGGAGAUGUCGCUGUGUUACUGGUUCUCGAAUACAAUGCCGAAUAUAAGGACAUUCAAGACGUCAGUGGUAAAUAUCCAAUCGACGUAGUGCCUGACGACAAGGUGAAGGAGUAUUUUCUCAAGAAUGUCCAAUAA